UCUCUCUGUAAGAACUAACACGAUGUUUGAGUUGCCAUCUUGCAUCUUUCUUUCUCAAUCUCUUAGGUCUCUCUCUGUGCACUCUGAGAUUAUUUUUCAAGUGCCCUCCUUAUCUUUUUCCUGUAAUCUUCAUUACUUGAAGUUGAAGGAAGUUAAAAUAGAAGAUGAGAGGUUUUUCAAAUGGAUUUCAUUUUCCUGCAAAUGCAUUAAGGAAUUACAACUUAUUAGGAUUAGAGGCAUGCCAAAUAUCACCAUUGAAAGUGCGUCGUUGGAAUCAUUUAAGGUUUGGAGUAGUAACCUCUUCCAUCUCAACAUCUUUGGUGAGAAACUUAAAGACAUCCAUAUAGUUUGGAGAAAAGCUUCUUCGUCAUCAAACACAAAAUCUUUUAAUAUGUUUGCUCCAAAUCUCAGAAGUUUGAAGUGGGAAGGCAACUUUAUGAAUAGUCAACAUCUGGGAAAAUUAACGAGUUUGGAAAAAGCAGGGAUCUUUAUGGAGUCUGAGCUAAAUGACUGUGAUAAUGUAUUUAAAGUUAUUUGCAGUAUGUGCAGGGGUAUAGUUAGUCUAAACCAGUGGACUGUGAAGGCUUUGGUGAGGGGAGGUGCCAUGCCAGCAGCACCAUUGGUUGAUAUUUGUAACUUGAGUCUGCACAUUAGGAACUUGAAUGAUGACCUAAUUCCAGCAGUGGUAUUUCUUCUUGGAGGAAUGCCGAAUUUGAAUACUUUGCACAUAAAGUGCACCUUCAGCUCAGGACUGGCUAAUUAUUUAUGUUCCGGGAUCAAAUGGAAUAUUGGAAACUACAAGGCCUUGCUUUCAUUUAUCAGCUCAAAGAGGCAACCCUGGAGCUUUCCAAUGGGUUCAAUGGAAUUGAGUUUGCUAGGUAUAUCCUCGAGCAUGCCCCAAAUUUGGAGAAAAUUGUCAUAUUUCAUUUACAAAAGUACUCUGAUGAUGUAUGGGAGUUAAAAGACAACAUCAUUUCUAAUGCCACAGUUGUCUCUCAAGUCAGAAAGCCAGAGAAGAAAAGUUGGUCUGAUUUUGUUUAGACUGUAACAACUUUGUCAUGGGAUUGUUUGAUACAUGUUGGCAUUUCUAUUUAGAUUACAUUGAACUCUUGUGUUUAGUUUACUGCUACUCUGUGGUGUUCAGCUGACUUCAUUUUAGUUUAUAGAUUUGAUUUUCAAUAUUUUCUGGAGCAGUAAAAUUGAGGCCACCAA